ACACCGGGAGGGAACGUGUGGCAGAUGCAGGGUUCUGCAGUGGGGACCUGCCUGCACCUUCAAGGGAGGACCAGGGGGACGGAGUGGCUGGAGCAGGGUGAACUGGGGCAAGGCAGAAGGAGAUGAGGUCAGAGGGAUAGGAAGGCCUUCUAGGCCCUGGAGAAGCUCUUGCUUUGGUCAUGAGCUAGAUGUGGAGCCCAUGCAGCCGUUCGUGCAGAGUCUGAAAUCUUCAAGCUGCAUUUUCAAAGGCUCUCUCAGGUGCCCAGGCGGAAGGCUCUGCCUUGUGUGGUAGGAGAGUCCGAAGGCUGCUUCAGUGCCUCAGUGAGAGGUGGUGUGAGGGCCCAGGCAGUGGCAGUGCAAUCCAGGACAAAUGGCUGUAUCCUGGAUAUAUUUUGAAGGUAGGGCAAGCAGGAUUUGGUGACGCGCCGGAUAUAAGGUGCAGAUGAACCAGAGGCAUAAGGAACAGCUUGGGGUUUUCAUUAGAACAGUGGAAGAAUGGAGUGACCGUUACUGAAACGGGGAAGGGUGCGGGAGGAGCAAGUUUGCGAAGCAGGGUGCUUGCCAGGUGAGGGGGUUGGUGUUGAGGAAGUCACGUAAAUUAAGAAACUCAGGAAGGGAGGAGUGAGCAGCUAUGUUGAGUGCUACUUAAGGCAAGCUAAAGUGAGGAACCGAGACUGGACCAUUCAUCUGGCAGGUGAGGUUGUCGGUGGCUUUGUCAGGAGCAGUGCGUAUGGAGAACUGGGAGAAAACCAGGCUGGAGUGGGGACAGGGAAGGACCUGGGGCGUGGAAAUGGCUGUUGUCUGAGGUGGGUGGCGGCCGACACAGGGUAUAUUGUUUCUAGUUUUAAGCUGGGAAAAACUAAGGGGUAUUGAUACUCUGGUGGGAAUGAUCCAGAUCACCCCACGACCAUCUUUUCGUACGAUUUAUCUGACCAUCAAGGCAUAUUAAGGACAGCGUGUUUGGUGCUGGGACUGGGGCUGGUUUGGGAACUUAGAGGAAGUCAACUCCUGGUUUGAGGUGACAUUCAAUGUGAUGUUGGCAGCUUUUCCUACUUGAGAUAGUGGAGUACUAGGAAGUGUGGUGAUGCUGAUGAGUUUGCGCUGAGACGUAGACUGGCCUUGAGCUGCUGGUGGACGACAAGCCCUGCAGGGACUAGUGGGGAGCCAGGUGUCCUGAAUGGCUGGAGAGCCAGCCCCUGUCAGUGAAGAGGCCCCCAGUGAGCAACUGUGUGAAAAUCUGGGUGAAAGUGAGGCCAGCUCUGGUGCACAUUUCAUUCCCGGCUAGAGACAGUGGUUACUUUGUUUUCAAAAAUAACUUGUUUGGUAGCUUUUGCAAAUUUGUGAUAACGUGUGUCCUUUUUCCUACACUAACAACCAGCAAAGCCCCAAACAAAACCACAGCGCUGGUUGUUUGCUUAUUUCAGGAGUAGCAAGUAGGGAGAAUUAGGCACUGCAGUGGGCGUGGCGGGAAGCAGGCCCGUGAGAUGGACUUAGGCCAGUCCCUGGAAUGGGAGAGCAUUCUUGGGGCCUUACGCCCCUGGGAUGCCCUUUGUCUACGUCAGCAGUGUUUCCUGAGACAAAACUGGGUAUGUGUCUGACGCCAGAACUGAUUUCAAGGCCUCCCCUAACAUCCAGCCCGAUCUGAUACAGCUUGCCCGUCGCCCCCCUUUCACUCCAGCGGGCCGGGCUUUUCUCGUCUCAAGAGCUGUGCAUGUGCUACUCUCAUAGAAUGGAUGCUUUUCCCCACUGAUCACCUGGUGGAUUCCUGGGCCACCUUCCACUUCAGCUUCAAUAUCAGGCCUUACUGUUCCCCACCCUCAACCCCAGACUUCAUUCAGUUUCCUCAGUGUUACCAAAAGUCUCCCGUGUUCCCCCGCUUUCCUCCGUAGCAUUUUUCACAAUGUGCACUUCCAUGCACGUGUGAGAACCCAGCUGGGUCAUAGCCCCAGGCAGGCAUAGCCCCAUGCCCCAUGCCUCUGUGAUUCUGGGUAUAGACACCGGUGCCCCCACAUCUCUGUGACUUCAGGGUGCGGGGGAGGGGGGGUAUAACAAUUAAGGUUUCCAUCCUGGACCCAGACUAAUUGAGUUUAGAUCCCAGCCGUCACACCUGCCAGCCUGUGGGCUGGUGUCCGAGUGCCUCCCCUCCGCAGUGGGCAUGGCAGUCAUCCCUAUCUGAGGGUUAGGGUCAUGCCUGCCAUCAGCACUUGGUCACCUGGUGCCUGCAGCAGCGGCGGGGCUGUGCUCAGGGUCAUAUAGCAGCAGCCUUAACCCUAAUCCUGAAAGGCAUGGUUUAGACCACCUUAGAAUGGCUCUGCUGGAAGUUGGAGGAGCACGUUAAAUACCACGGAGUCUCACAAAGGAAGUUCUUGCUUUUGCAGAUGAGUUGAGUCACCGGUAGGUCUGGUCCAACUCCAGAAGGGAGCAAGGCAACUUCCUGACGCUGAGCUGCCUGCUGCUGCCAUCCCAGAGGGGGAGCCAGCAGCAGUGAGGGCUGGGCUUCACCCAGCAGCUGUUCUGCCGGCCUAGCUUGGCGUUGGGGAGGAUCAUCUAGCCCGGCAUCGUGGCAGGAGGGGUCAGGACUGCUGUCCCUUUCCAGAGAGGACUUGCAAAGAGGGAAACAGGUCAGAGAUGGGUCGUCACAGUGUGUGAGCACUGGAAAGAUUUUUAACACCGAGGACCUAAUAACGUAACGCAUUUCUGGGUUGUUUUUAUAUUGCACAUUAAAGAAGAAGAAAAGCGUGGAGAGAGAUCGGGAGAGAAGGGGGAGGAAGAGGAGGAGGCAAAACCAGGUGUAAAAGGUAGAGAUGGGGGGCACAUGCUUCUGUCCCUGUUGGGUGCUGCUUUGUGCCUAGGGCUGUGGCGGGCUGGCAGGGUGUCAGAGGAUUCGUGAGCAUCAUCAGCUGUUAGUUUUACUGAAGGCGCUGCUGGCCACCCCCAAGGAACAAUUCACCUCCGAGCCUGGGUUUGAGCAGUUUAAAAUGGCAGAGAGGUUGCAUGGGAACUGGAUCAGACUGUACUUGGAGGAAAACACCUCGGAAGUCCUGUUCAACCUGGGAACCAAGGUUCGCAGGCAGUACUUGGAUGCCCUGAGGACUCUGAGCCUAUCCCUGAGCAGACAGGUGGCUCAGUACGACAUCUACUCGAUGCUGGUGGGGACCGUCAUGGUUCUGGAGGUUCUAACCCUGCUUCUGCUCAGCAUCCCGCAAGCACUGAGCAGCAAGGCUGAAUUGGAAGUUCCUCUGUGGUCGCCUGUGUUUUCUCUGCUGUUUUAUUUGAUGUUUCUGGUUCUUUCUGCUCUUCACGUCAUUGUGUGCACCUCAGCCGAGAGUUCCUGCUAUUUCUGUGGCCUCUCAUGGCUGAUGGCAGGUGGAGUGAUGGUGUUGAUCUCCGCACUGCUCUGUGCGGUUGUGUCUGCUCUUGCCAAGAUGUUUGCCAGCGGAAAGCUCCUGAGCAAGAAUCCAGCCCAUCCAAACUCACGAUGGUCAGAGUUGGAUGUUGUUAUCUUGUUGGGGACCAUGGGCCACGUGCUGAGUCUGGGCGCAAGCAGCUUCAUCGAGGAAGAGCACCAGACCUGGUACUUCCUCGUUAACACCCUGUGUCUGGCUCUGUGUCACGAAAUCUACAGAAACUGCUUUCUGGGCGACGACUGUGAGCCCCGGCGAUGCUCGCAUGGGGAGCGGGGGUUUGUCAACACUGCACCAGCGUUACAGGACGGGAGCAUCGGCCAUGACGAGCUAGAGCCCCACAGAGCGUCUAAGAGCCCCACUUCCCUUAACACGCUCAGAGGCUGGGAGAAGUGGAUGGCGAUGGCAAGCCCCUGGGUGAUACUUACCUGCUGCCGGCUGCUGCGGUCACUAAACCAGACGGGUGUGCAGUGGGCCCACCGACCUGACCUGGGGCACUGGCUCACCAGUUCUGAUCAUAAAGCUGAGCUCUCCGUUCUGGCCGCCCUCUCACUCAUCAUGAUUUUUGCGCUGGUGCAGAGGAGGUGCUCCCUGACGUCAAAAGUAGCCAUGGCACUUGGACUCCUGGGCGUCUACUGCUACCGGGCAGCCAUUGGAAAUGUCCUGUUCCCAUGGCAACGAGACAGCAAAGACAUUUCCAAGGGUCUUAUUGAAGCUCGUUUUGUUCAUGUCUUUGUCCUGGGCAUUCUGUUCACGGGCACCAAAGACUUGCUUAAAUCUCAAGUCAUUGCUGCAGACUUCACAAUCAAGACUGUGGGUUUAUGGGAGAUAUAUAGUGGAUUAGUUCUUCUGGCUGCUUUGCUUUUUAGACCACAUAAUCUUCCAGUUUUAGUAUUUAGCCUCUUGAUUCAGACUAUAAUGACUAAAUUCAUCUGGAAGCCCCUGAGGCAUGAUGCAGCUGAGAUCACUGUAAUGCAUUAUUGGUUUGGUCAAGCAUUCUUCUAUUUCCAGGGAAACUCCAACAACAUAGCCACGGUGGACAUCUCAGCGGGCUUCGUGGGCCUGGACACCUACGUGGAGGUCCCAGCUGUGUUCCUGACCGCAUUUGCAACGUUCGCAGGACCCGUGCUGUGGGCCAGCCACUUAGUGAGCUUCCUGAGCUCAGAAACCAGCAGUGGUUCCGCACUGAGUCAUGCUUGCUUCUGCUACGCGCUGAUCUGUUCUUUUCCAGUUUCUGCGUAUAUCAUUUUGGUGACAUCCCUGCGUUACCAUUUAUUUAUAUGGAGCGUGUUUUCUCCAAAACUUCUUUAUGAGGGAAUGCACAUCCUCAUCACAGCUGCCAUCUGUGUGUUCUUCACAGCCAUGGAUCAAACCAACACAAAGUCAUAGGCACUGGGAGAACAAUAUAUUUUUAAAGUCCAUUCACUUCAUGCAUUUGAGUAGUGAAAAAAAUCUGUUUAAAUGCGAGAACAUUCUUAAAAAUAUUGUGAAUUCUACAGAGUUGAUGAAUAGCUUCAGUUUCUUUCACUGCUAUACUUGAAUUUAGAUCAAAUAGUAAGUGAUUUGAAAGGUCACUUUAAAAUAGUUUGAAUAUGAAUCAUGUUCCCUUGUUGACAGUAACUCCAUAAACUUCUGAACUUCUAAUUUCCUCUGACUCAAAUGUAUGCGUUAUUGCGGCGUCGUGUGGACUUAAGAGAGCCCGGGAAGUCUGUGGGAGGAGGCUUACCCACUGCCGGCAUUUACCUCACAGAGCUCAGACCCUUCACUACCCUAGAAGACACUGGAGGUCUCGGGGAGCUUCGGUUAUCAUGGGUGGGUUUCAUCUAUCAACAUGAAGACAUUUCAAAACCUAGUCAUUGAAAAUAAAGAUGUAAAUUCAGUCCAUGUUAACAUAGCGUAUUUUUAAGAAAAGUGACUAUUUUUUUCCAAAAGAAAAAUACGUACUGAGGAGAGUGGCAUUGUUUCACGUUUUUGCAAAUCUCUGUAGCGUCUGGUGGCUAGAUUCUGCAAUCAUUCUGUUGUGACAUGUGUGUUUGGUUGAAGUAGUCACACAAAUACACGGUUGGGAAAGGGGGGAGGAGUGUUCUUUUUCUAAUCUUUGUGGAUGUUCUUUUUCAGACUCCAUUAAAACUCGACAAACAAUGGUUUCUUAAAGGUUAACUGGAGAAAAAGCAAGUGCAUGUAAAGCAGGUGAAGCCCUAUUAAGGUCUGCACCUGAGUUAGCAGUUACCUGGUUGAGAAGUUCUGGGUCUGUGUACGAGAUAGUUGGGGGAGCUGGGUGAACUGUAUGCGGAGCUUUCUGUACUAUUUUUGCAACUUCUUGUGAGAUUUAGACUAUUUUAAAAUAAAAGUUAUUUUAUAAAGAAAA